GGGUCGUCCAUUUUAAUCCAAUACUUUGAAAUUUUGGUUCAAUUUCCCAUUGUUGUUAAUGGCAUCCUAAGCAGUAAGCUAUGGCGGCAAUGAUGAACCCAUCUCCCCUGUUCAGCAGUGGGCAGGAACUGGCAAGCUUGGCGGUCUCUUCUGAUGUGCUUCGGCGUUCUUGGAACGCGAUUUCGGAGCUCCGAAAUCAAAUCCAUGGGCGUGAUGAUCCGACAUCGCCUCUCACCGUGAGAGUCAACCAUCAAGUCUUCCAGGAUGCAUCACUUGGUACCAUCAUUGCUUUUGUGACCACCGCUGAUUGCACUGGGAAUCAUCUACGAGAAUUAGGUACAGAGCUGGUCUCAUACCAAGAAUUCAGCGCUACACUUUCCUCUGAGUUUGAUUUCAUUGAUGACAAAGUCAACUCUUCGUUUCAUUUCCACAAAGCUGCGGUUGACCUUUUUGUCUCUGUCAAAGAUGACGUCUCUUCCAUCACACACCAGUUUGAAUCUUCCCGUCCUGUUAUUAUAACUGGGCAUUCGUUAGGAGGAUCUGUGGCAUCUCUCUUCACCUUAUGGCUACUUGAUAGCAUGUCUGCCCGCAUGUAUCGCAACUCUACCCUCUGCAUUACUUUUGGUUCACCACUCCUUGGAGACAAUGGAUUCCAAGAAGCCAUCUCAGAGUACCCAAGAUGGAACUCUAGCUUUCUGCACGUGGUCUAUGACAAAGAUCCAAUUCUGUUCUUCGUCAUGUCAGAUCAGAAUGAUGAUACUCUUCGCUCAAAUUCUGAACUCUGUUCAUAUAGACCGUUUGGUACGACUCUUAUAUGCUCAGAAUCGGGCUAUUCUUGUUUUGAAGACACUGAAUCAGUUCUGGAACUAAUGAAGACUAUAGUUUUAUUAAACUCUGCUGCUAAUCAAAAUCCUGGACACUGCUGGCCUGAGUUUGUUGAUUAUGGCGGUAUUUUGGAACGCCUUUGUUGGAAAAUGGUGUGCAAGGGAAUUUCAAAGUUGCCUGACUCAUUAAGCAAUCCACUUCAAGCAGGAAUAGUUUUACAACUGGAUGAGAUUGGGAUUGAAAAAAUGCAGGAUGGCAAAAACACAAGCUGUCUUGUAACAAAGAUUGUAGAAAGGGCAGUGUCUAUUCCACAACACAAGAGGAAUGGUUUUCUUCCCAACAAGAUACUAAUGGAAAUGAAGGUACACAUUACUCAUCUUGAAUGGUAUAUGAAGGGCAUUGUGGAUCAAGUAGGAUACUAUGACAGGUAUAAGACAAUUCGCUCCCGAAGCAGAGAUGAAGCAAAAAGUAAACUAGAAAUCAUCCAACACCACAAAAUUCUGAAUCUGAACUGGGAAAGAAUUGUGCGAGAAGCAGAGAACAUGCUUCAGAAAGAAGGGGCGAAUUUUCAGGGUCGUUGGCUUUAUGCAGGGACAAACUAUAGAAGGAUCGUCGAACCACUUGACAUAGCGGAAUACUAUAGCAAAGGCAAAAGAGAUUACCUAACUCAGGGAAGAUCUGAGCAUUAUAGAGUAUUGGAACAGUGGUGGAAGGAUGAUCUACCAGUCCAGAUUGCAGAUACAAAAAGAAGUAGAGCUUCUACACUAACCGAGGAUUCGUGCUUUUGGGCUCAUGUAGAGGAGGCUAUUAUAUUGUGCAAACUGUUGAAAAAUGGACAAAAUAGUAGAGAUGUUGAAGAUUCAUUUAGGAAGGAGCUGAUUAAAUUUGAGGAGUAUGUGAUGGAUUUGGUAAAUAAUUACUCAGUAUCUUAUCAGAUUUUCUGGCCAGGGAGCACAUUCAUGCAGUGGUGGAGAGAGUAUUGCAAAAUUGUAGGUGAUACAUAUAAUUCACCCUUGUCUGAUUUUAUGAAACACCAUUAUCAUAAGUAUGCUUAGAAAAUCAUUUGUUGCUACAACUUCUGUUUCAUUGAAAAUCUGUUGUGAAUAAAAUGUAAAUGUAUCAACUAUUUUGUGAUGAGGGUUUUAAGUGUUUCCAAAUAAUCAUUUCAAAAUC